AUGGGUUUCUCGGAAGAAGGCUUCAGAAGUAUGAUGAAGAAAGCAGUUGAUGUAGGCAGGUUCAGGGGCUUUAAGGAGAAAGGUGGUUUAGGGGUAAAAAAUCUCGAACUCUUUAAUUUGGCUUUGCUUAGCAAGUGGAAGUGGCGUUUUUUGAAUCACGAUAAUGCAAUUUGGGCUGACUUGCUUCAUUACCGUUAUGGUCACCUACCUUCUCUAUUGUUGAGUGGUCUUGAUAUUACGCUUAGUGCACACUCCUCUUUGUGGUGGCGUGAUAUUAUUAGUCCCGGGCGCGGAAUGAGUGAUAGUUGGUUUAAAUUCAAUAUUAGUUGUUGCGUUGGUAAUGGUAAUAACAUUGGGUUUUGGCAAUUUAAAUGGUACGGAAAUCAGGCUUUUUGUGAUCUUUUUUCUGAUUUGUAUGCUAAAGAAGCGAUCAAGAAUGUUAAGGUUUCUGAACGUCUGCGAGGAAAUGGUUUAGUGCCAUUAUGGAGGUGGAAUUGGUCUGAAUCGUUGAGUGUGAACGAAGCUCAGCAGCUUACUGAAUUACAAGGUCUGUUCGAUGGUUUUUCCCUUCCCAACAAUAAUCACGACCAGUGGCGCUUGAUUCCGGAUUCGAAUGGAUUGUUCACGGUUAAAUCCUGUUACACGUAUUUAUUAGACCUGCAACAGGUAGAGCUUCAAGAUGCUCAUGUGCUCGAGGUCGUUCAACGCCUUUGGAAGUCGGACGUUCCUUUGAAAGUAAAUGUUUUCGGUUGGAGGUUAUUAUUAAACAGAUUACCAACUAGAGCAGCUCUUCAUCCCCAUGAUAUUUUGACUAAUCAUCAUGAAUUAUCAUGCGUCUUUUGUUUUCAACAAGCUGAGGACGAAAAACAUCUUUUCUUUUCAUGGGAGUAUGGAACAAAGUUUUAUCUUGGUUAG